AUGUUUUCACCCGGAUCGAAGGACUACGAUGUGCGCACUCCCGCGUUCGUGCACGAUAUCGCCGAAGAGGGUUCAGACAUGACGCGCGAGAUCUACAGCGCUGCAUUGAAGGACUCUCAUGACGGAAUGGUUCGCACCAAGUCAUUGCCGGACGUGAGUGAGGUGCUCUACAAAGACGUCGGAAAGGCGUCGGACAUUGCCCAGCCAGGAGGUUUCAGGCGCGACCACGUCAUUGCUAAUUUGCCUGCUGGGGAUAAUUCUCCACCGAUCCACGUGCAAAACGCGUUCCUGGCAUCCAUCAAGCCGAACAAUUUGCUUCAAUCUACCUAUUGCGGCUUCGUUAACGAAACGCUGCAUCUCGGCGACGAGUACAGCCAAAAUGAAGAGCUGAUCCCGUUAUUCAGCAGCCUCGACACAUUCCAUACGGAGACGGACGCGACCCCGACAAGAGGAGCGUCAGUCAAGCAGACAAUUUUUACGAUUUUCAAGUCUUUUAUCGGGAGUGGAAUUCUGUUCCUGCCGAAAGGAUUCCAGAACGGAGGCAUGUUGUUUUCGAUCGUGGGACUCUGUGUGUCUGCAGCACUCUCAACAUUCUGCAUGUUGCGCCUGGUCGAGUGCUCGACUGUGCUUCUCCAUACCCACAACCACCUCAAUGUCUCGUACGGUAUCGUGGGAGAGCAAGCUUUUGGCACCUUCGGCCGACGUGCAGUGAACGUGUCGUUAGUGCUCUCGCAGAUCGGAUUCUGCUGCUCGUACCUUAUAUUCGUUGAGAAAAACAUUGGCGAGGUUGUACUGCACGCGUUCAACCUCCAGAGCUCAAGCACGACGUCAUCGUGGACGCUAAUUCUGCUUCAGAUUCCACUGUACACCCCACUAGUGUGGGUGCGUCGUCUGGAGUACUUUGCUUUCACGAGCUUAUUUGCAGACGUGCUCAUUGUAUUCGGUCUUGUGUACAUUCUCACUUACACCGCCAAGACACUUGAGAGCGCAACUCCUGGUGAAUCGUCAUGGCAGUACUUUAACUCCGAAAACUGGGCGAUGUUUCUUGGCGUUGCUGUCUACUGCUUUGAGGGUAUCGGGCUGGUGCUGCCUACAUACGAUGCCAUGGACGAUCAAAUCAAAUACAAGUUUCCGGCCAUCUUGUCGUGGUGUGUAGUGUGUAUCCUGGUCAUUUGCAUUCUGUUUGCUGGCACGGUAUAUGCGGCUUUUGGGCAGAACACGCAAUCAGUGGUGACGUUGAAUCUCCCCAGUUCGAGUGAGAGUACGGGAACAAUGGCUGUGCAGCUGACAUAUUCCCUGGCACUGGUACUCUCGUACCCUUUGAUGCUAUAUCCAGUGAUCAACAUCCUCGAGAACAAGUUGUUUCCGUACCAGCGUGUCAAGGGAUUCUGGCGGUGGCAAAAGAAUGGCUUCCGCUUCGCGCUUGUCUGUUUAACUGCUCUGGACAAUUUUGUCUCCAUCAUCGGCGGAUUCUGCUCUGUGCCGCUCGCGUUCAUAUAUCCGUGCAUUUUUCACUCAAGGUAA